GCCCCUCCUCCGCCGGGUCGGGCCGGUCCGCGGGAAGGCAGCCGGCGGGCGCUUGGCGCGGGCCCGGGCGCGGAGACCGACGGGCGCGCGAGUGCCAGGGGAUCCCCCGCCUGGCUCGUGAGGGUCUCGACGGGCGGGCACGCUGCUCGGGGCCCCUCGGCCGAGGACCCGUGUCCCCCUCCGCAGCGUCGCCAUGUCCUCGGUGUUCGGGAAACCCCGUGCGGGCAGCGCGCCGCCGAGCGCGCCCCUCGAGGUCAACCUGGCCAUCCUGGGGCGCCGCGGGGUGGGCAAGUCCGCCCUGACUGUGAAGUUUCUGACCAGGAGGUUUAUCAGCGAAUAUGACCCCAACUUGGAGGACACCUACAGCUCCGAGGAGACUGUGGACCACCAGCCUGUCCACCUGAGGGUCAUGGACACUGCAGACCUGGACACCCCCAGGAACUGUGAGCGCUACCUGAACUGGGCGCACGCCUUCCUGGUGGUGUACAGCGUCGACAGCCGCCAGAGCUUCGAGGGAAGCAGCAGCUACCUGGAGCUGCUCGCUUUGCACGCGAAGGAGACGAAGCGCGGCUACCCUGCUCUGCUGCUGGGCAACAAGCUGGAUAUGGCCCAGUACAGGCAGGUCACCAAGGCUGAGGGCACAGCCUUGGCAGGCAGGUUCGGGUGCCUGUUUUUCGAAGUCUCUGCCUGCCUGGACUUCGAGCACGUGCAGCACGUCUUCCAUGAGGCAGUGCGGGAGGCACGGCGGGAGCUGGAGAAGAACUCCCUGGCCCGGCCCCUCUUCAUCUCCGAGGAGAGGGCCCUGCCCCACCAGGCCCCGCUCACCGCCCGGCACGGGCUGGCUAGCUGCACCUUCAACACACUGUCCACUGUCAGCCUGAAGGAGAUGCCCGCCGUUGCCCAGGCCAAGCUGAUCACUGUGAAGUCAUCCCGGGCCCAGAGCAAGCGCAAGGCACCCACGCUGACGCUAUUGAAGGGCUUCAAGAUCUUCUGAGGGCCCCC